AUUUGAGAGUACACAUGAAAAGAGGAAUUCCUGAACAUGAUAGUUCAUUAGAAGAGGAAGAAAAAAUUGUAAAAAAGAGCAACUUAAAUACAAAAAAUCCAAUACAAAGUUCUGCAGUAAAAGCUAAAGGAAAGGAAAUGGAAGAAAUAAAGGAAAUACUCUUGCAAGUACAAAAGGAGAUAAAAACCAUGAGCGUGGAAUUAAAAAUAAAUAAUGAAGAAAUGAAAAAAAAUAGAGAUGAAAUUAAUACAAUGAAAGAACAAUGGAAUAGUGAAAAACAAGAUUUAAUAAACAAAAUAAAGGAAACUGAAGCUAGACUAGAGCGAUUGGAAAAAGAUAAAACAAGAAACAAACUGGUUAUUUCGGGACUGAACAUAGAAUCGCAGGAAAAACCGGUGAAGACAACUGUUGAAGAAUUUAUUAAUAAAAAACUAGGUAUAAAAAUAGAACUUAGAGCAGCCUACAAAGUAAACGAAAAGACAAUAAUCGCAGAAACUGAAAGCUGGGAAGAAAAAUCAAACAUUCUUAAAGAGAAACAAAAACUAAAAGGCACAAACAUUUUAUAUAUUCUGAAUUAACAGUAAAGGAAAGGGAAAUUCAAAAAUAUCUAAGGGACACAGCAAGAGAAGAGAAAGAAAGAGGAAAAAUGUGCAAAGUUCAAUAUCAAAAAAUCAUUAUUAAUGGAGAGACAUGGAGGUGGGACAAAAAAGAAGAAAAACUAAUAAGGGCCAAAAAGGUCGAAGAGGAAAAUGGAAGUAAUGAUAAUGAUGUAAAAAACGGAAAAAAGUAAUACAGGUUGGAAGGACAGGAAAUAAAGAUGACGGAAAAAGCUUGGAUAAGGA